UCCCCCCCUCUCUGUAUAAAACAUACAUAGAACUAAAAAAACACAAGAUUUUACAAUGGCAACCAAAGUCUACAUUGUUUACUAUUCAAUGUAUGGGCAUGUUGAGAAGCUGGCACAAGAGAUUAAGAAAGGUGCUGCAUCAGUUGAAGGUGUUGAAGCUAAGCUUUGGCAGGUGCCAGAAACUCUAUCUGAAGAUGUGCUUGCAAAAAUGAGUGCACCUGGGAAAGGUGAUACACCAAUCAUAACACCAGAUGAACUUGCUGAGGCAGAUGGCUUUAUAUUUGGUUUUCCAACUAGAUUUGGAAUGAUGCCUGCUCAAUUUAAGGCUUUUCUUGAUGCAACUGGUGGUCUUUGGAAAACUCAACAACUUGCUGGCAAACCUGCUGGCAUUUUCUAUAGCACUGGUUCUCAAGGAGGUGGCCAAGAGACUACCGCGUUGACAGCCAUUACACAACUUGUUCACCACGGAAUGAUCUUCGUUCCAAUUGGCUAUACAUUUGGAGGAGGUAUGUUCGAGAUGGAGAAAAUCAAAGGUGGAAGUCCGUAUGGUGCUGGAACUUUUGCUGGCGAUGGCUCAAGACAGCCAACAGAGAUUGAAUUGGAACAAGCUUUUCAUCAGGGGAAAUACAUUGCCAACAUCGCUAAGAAGCUCAAAGCCUCUGCUUAAAUAUAAUCUCUCUUUUACUACAGUUUCACCAUUUUGCAUUCUAUAGUGUUUUCUUUUUUCUCUUUAGAGCACAUGUUUCGGUUUAAAUUUGGUGCUGGUACUGAACUAAGUUUAAUAUGUCUUAUUUUAUAGCCUAUUGGUCAGUGUUUGUUACAGGUCAAUUUUACAUGCAUAAGAAUCUUGAUAUUUUGCUUUUUGUGCCUCAAA